CGCGCGCGCGUGCGGCUCUGCGUUUUUAUCUUUCACUGGUGGGAAGUUAUUAAUUAUCUUGUUUGACACAGAAGAAAGAGAAAAAAAAAAGGAGAAGGAAUUCGGCGCUAUUGAAAUCUUGAAGAGAAAAGUGGCCGGUUUCUGAAAUAUUAUUUUUAGACAUUUGUGACCUGAUCUUAACAGUGAUCGUGUCUAUAGUCCUCAGCUGUCGGACUGCAAUCAGUUUUUUUUUCAACUGCAUUAACGGUGAAUUGGACAUCCAAUUUUGAAAAGGAAAGCUUAAGGAAAUCAUAUUACAGAGACGGACGGAGUUUAAAAAAAAAAAUCCUGAGGGCGGACUAGCGGACCGAAAUAACCGAGGCACCGUUAACAAGGUGGGCUGACGCUGAUCUUGAUGGAAAUUUCAGAUUCAUCAAGCAAUGUGAUGGAUGCCGAAAUCAUUCGGCACGCGCACAACCACACGGACGAGGAAGAAAAUUCGGUCUACAGCGCGGGCAUGGUGCCCGACAUGAUGUGGAAGAUUCGAGAAGAUUGCGAAAGACUCAUGGCCAAUUACAACGAGUCUUCUGAAGAGCUUUAUUGUCCGCCUACGUUCGAUGGAUGGUCUUGCUGGAAUGCUACCCCCGCUGGCCGGAUUUCGGUAGCGCCGUGCCCGUAUUUCAUCACCGGCUUCGAUCCGCAGAGAAUGGCGCACAAAGUGUGCACUGAGGAGGGCACCUGGUUUCGGCAUCCGCAAUCCAACCUAAUUUGGUCGAACUACACAACUUGCGUCGACGUCGAAGAUCUAGAGAUGAGGCAAGCCAUCGUUAACGUCUACAUCGCCGGUUACUCCGUUUCGCUGAUUGCUCUCGUCAUUUCGCUUGCCAUUCUGAUCGGUUUCCGGCAGAAUUUGAAGUGUACGAGGAUUUACAUCCAUCGCAACCUGUUCGCCUCAUUCAUCAUCAACAACGCCAUGUGGCUGCUCUGGUAUAAAGGCGUCGCCGACCAGCCAGAAGUUCUCCUCGAUAAUCGGACCGGUUGCAAGAUCCUACACGUCUUGCUUCACUACUUCUUGGUCUCCAACUACUUUUGGAUGUUCUGCGAGGGACUCUACCUGCAUACAGUCCUGGUGGUGGCUUUCCUAUCCGAAAGCUCCAUUAUGAAAUGGUUCCACCUGAUCGGCUGGGGGUUACCUGCCGUCGUGACAGCAACAUACGCCGGCGUCAGGGCCUCCAUUCCCGAAGAAACCAACCAUUGCUGGAUGGAAGAGAGUCGAUCAACGUGGAUCCUGUCCGGUCCGGUCUGUUUGUCUAUGCUGACAAACGCAUUCUUCCUUGUCAACAUCGUACGUGUCCUGGUGACCAAACUGAAGGCACCCAACGCGACCAGUUACAACGCGGCGCCUCAAGGACACCGUUCCAGUGAAGCUCACAGGGCAGAGAUGCGCACGGACGGCCAAAGACCAGACGAAGCUGACGGACGGACAAACGGCCAUGUACCAGCACUAACCAAUUCGUCAGCAGGAGGCGGAACGUCCUCUCAUCGCACCAGCACUUCCCUCAACGGUCUCCGUAAGGCAGUCAGGGCUACGUUGAUUUUGCUGCCGCUACUCGGACUUCACUAUGUGGUUAUGCCGUUUAGACCGGAGGCCGGUGCUCCGGGUGAGAUCGCCUAUCAAAUCGUCUCGGCCAUUUUUACUUCGUUCCAGGGUCUGUGUGUAGCUUUCCUGUUCUGUUUCUGCAAUGGUGAAGUGUUGAAAGUCCUGCGAAAAGAAAUCGUCCGUUACGCCGCCACUCGUAAAGUUGGCCUUCAAAACCGUCGACUGAUUUUACGAUCUCAGCAACCGAUGACGACCGAAUUGUGAAAAAUAAAAAAAAAAUGAUUUUCACAUCACUCAAUCUCCAAAACAGCUGAUAUAUAAUAAAUGAAGUGAUGCGGCCAUAACGUGAUCAGCCAUCGUAAAUCAAUAAGUCGUAUUUUUAAAGACAGAAUUUUUUUUAAUUUGUUUAAAAAUCGCAUUUCAUUCACCGCCCAUAAUAAUAAAAAAAAUGCAGAGAUUUUUUUUUUUGCAUUUUAAUGGCUUUACUUUCUUCUUUAAUUCUUCUUUUUAUGUUUAUGCUUUGUGCAUGGCGUGCUGUAGAGAAUUCAAAGAUGUUCAUCUCAAUCAUAAACGACAUUGCAAAAAUCAAUUAAUCCCUCGUUAUGUUCAUGUGGCGCAAACCAAACUAUUUGCACGUAUGCGCAUUCACCUCAUUUGGCUUGAAAUUUCAUCCUUUCAUGACGCCUUGAUGGCCUGUAUAUAUACUUCUCACGUCAUGUAUAGAUAAGACAUGCUAUAUAAAAAUAUAAAAGAAGUUAAAUAAUAUAAAGAAAUAUGCAAACAUCUGUGGGCAAGGUGAAGAGCCAACAACAACAAAAAAAGGAACAGGCAGCGCCAAACAGGAGAGACGUGUAUACUUAUAUAGCGUCGGUUUAUAUAUAUAUAUUUAGUCAGUAUAUGUAUUAUGCUAUUACGUCUGUAUCAUAUUAUAUUACAGCCAUCACCAUAUAGACGAUAAAGAAAACUCUUGUCGACUGUAUCGCUUGUAUUUCUCCUUGGCAAAAUUUCAAAUUCAUGUUGGCGUUUUUCGUGCGUGUGUGUGUGUGCGCGCAAACAUCAGCUGACGUUAUGUAGUUGCAGUUGAAUGUAUCACAGUGUAUAUACUUUUUGAAAACUCGUGCGUUAACCUUUCAACGUAUAUAUAUACAGCAUUGUGGGGACGUUUUAACCAUGCCACUAAUGCAUAGCCAACUCUUCUUUUUAUUUUUCUUUGUUGCUUUUCCGAUAAAAUCAAUAAUUUAAGUGAUGAAUAAUA